AUGCCGCGGUCGCUACACAUUAGCAGCACACCACCAACCCAGUCCAUCAAAAGACAGCGAUCCCAGGAGAGUGGAACCAACGUUUCAUUAUCUGGACAAGUGGCUUCAAGUGGUGGUUCUGGUGCCUCUACUGAUCAUGAUGACUUGGCCAAGACUGUGUCGGUGAAAAUUCCUUUCUACUUGAACAAGACUCCCUCUGAAAUUUCGGCUACUUUUAGUGAUCUAGAGUGGACCCAACGAUACCGCCUUACCCAUGCUAUCCAGAAUCCUCAAUCAUCUCCUUAUCGGGUUGAUAGAUCACUGAAGGUCAUAGCCCGCAACCGGUAUGCUAACGUGCAACCAUGGGAUGCUCUUAGAGUCCGCCUGAAGAAGCCCAUCGGAGGUUCGGAUUAUGUCAACGCAUCUCCCAUUACGCUCACUAGUCGUGGAUCAGAGCCUAACUCUCGCACUGCAUCCACUGCCUCGGUAUCGAAGCCAGACUCACAGCGCAUUCAGACAAAAUAUAUCGCAACCCAAGGGCCGAAAGAAGGACAGUAUUCCCACUUUUGGCACAUGGUAAUGCAAGAAACGCCGGGUGAUGUUGGAGUAAUCAUAAUGCUGACCCGGCUGUACGAAGGACACAAGGAGAAGUGUGCCCCAUAUUAUCCUGCUGACUUGGAAAACCCAAAGAUAGUGUUGCCAGCAUACGAGGACAGUGUUGAGGAAGAACAUGAUGGAGAUCAGGACGAUGGUGACCCUUUCCUGGACUCCCUUCUAUUGAGCGCCGAUACUGAUAGUCCACGAACAGACUCGGAGACUAAUGAGGAUUCUUCAGAUGGUGAAAAGUCGAGCGAAGAAGCGAGAGGCUCCGGGGUUGUCACCCUCUUGUCGUCUACCUACGAUCAGCGACUCAAGUCUGAGGUUCGAAGGCUGAGGUUGACUGUUGGGAACGAAACCAAAGAGAUCUACCACUAUCUCUACAAUGGAUGGCCAGAUUUUGGCAAACCAGAAGCCGAUGAUCGCUUGGCUCUGAUCGAGCUUAUCAAUGUUUCGAGAGGCGUUGCCAAAGGUUCGCCGAGGAUUAUUCAUUGCUCUGCUGGUGUGGGUCGGACAGGCACUUGGAUCGCCCUGGACUACCUUCUCCAAGAACUUGAGGCUGGAAGGCUGCUUGAGCCUUCGCCACGUCAUACAAUUGCUGAACCCUCAUCCAAGGCGAAGGCAACAACACCACAGAAAACAUGGGGUCGCAGUGGCCCCUCAAAACCUAGUACACCUGAUCCUCCGGAGGAGGAGGAUAUUAUUUGUGAGACUGUUAAUUCUUUACGCGACCAACGAAUGAUGAUGGUCAUGAAUGAAUUGCAGUACAGUUUCCUCUAUGAGGUGCUGAAAGACGCAUUUAUUGAAAAGUACGCCGAAAAGGAGACUGGACCCAUCAUCAUCGAGGUUCAAGAACCAAGCCCAAAAGUUGCAAGAAAAAGGAGCCCAUUUGGUGGGAUGUUUGACGGUACAUAUUCUGGAAAGGGUCGCGGUGAAGACGACACAGUCUCCGAAGCGGAAACGGAGAUCAUAGAGAGAGAGAAACUUACCACGAGUGGUGAUGCGGGCAUCACCACUCCCGAUGUUGCGGACAUAAACGACCCAUAUUCGGCUGUAGCACCGGACACGAUUCGACAGGGAAUGGAAAAGACCAGACAGGACGAUGUACAUGAUCACGAGGUGAGAUGA